AUGGAAGACAACGUGCUAGCUGCCCCGGAUGUGCUGUGCCUAGACGUCAGAUCGUUUGAUUUGCUUUCAGAAAGCGAAAAAAGAUACUUGUACGCUCUCGAUGAAGUGGCUUGGAUUGGUGCUCUGAUCGAUCUUAUCCAAUUGUCCCCGGAGGCUGCUGGGAUAUUCUUGCUGUCACAGCACGUUUUUCAGAAGCAGACUGUUUCGGAAAUUAAUGAUUUGGCUAAGUCUAACGGCAUCCAAACUGAAGAUUUUAACGCUUUCAUUGCAUACUUCGCGUCGAUUUACGGAAAUUUAGGAAAUUACCUGUCUUUUGGCGACACGAAAUUCAUUCCCGCUGUUAAUCGUGAAGUGUUUACCGACAUUAUCGAACUGACAGACGCGUACAAGUCCUCUGAGAUUGUUAGAGAAAUCUUUGAACGCGUGAUUGACAGUAUAUAUUCAACUCAUCCUGGGCGUCUCCGCCUGGCGUUUCCUCCAGAAGGCAUGACAACAUACUACUCGUCAAACUGCACCCGGGCAGAUGCUGAAAUUGUCCAGUCUUUCCUAAAUUCGAAAAAAAUGGAAGCGUAUAACACUCGUUUAGUGAAAAGUUUUGAAAAGGAUGCCAAGGGUCGAGACAAUUACGCACUGCUUGUUGCUUCGGCCGAGUGCAGGGAGGAGGAAAUUGAGAACUCCGGCUUACCGCACUCUUCGACUCUUAAAAUACGGUACGGCGACUAUCAUGAGCUCAUGCAAUUAAUUGUUUCUGGUAUCACUGCGGUUAAAGCAGCUGCUCUUAAUGACAAUCAGAAGAAAAUGUGGAGUGAAUAUCAGCGUAGUUUUCAGACUGGCUCUAUUGAAGCACACAAAGCUGGCUCAAGGCACUGGGUAGCCGACAAACAACCGGCUGUAGAAAGCUAUAUCGGUUUUAUUGAGAGCUACCGCGACCCAUAUGGCGUGCGGGGAGAGUUUGAAACCUUCGUCGCUGUCGUCGAUAAGGACGUGUCAGCAAAAUUUCAGAGCCUCGUUAACUGCGCGUCGUCUUUUCUGCCCCUCUUGCCUUGGCCUUCAAGCUAUGAGAAAGAUGUGUUUUUGGAGCCCGACUUCACUAGUCUGGACAUUAUGUCAUUUGCCACCUCCGGGCUGCCAGUUGGCAUCAAUAUACCUAAUUACGAUGAUAUUCGCCAGGAUAUCGGUUUCAAAAACGUCUCUCUCGGAAAUAUUCUAAAAGCGCGUUUUCAGGUAGGACUCUGUUAUCAUAAUUUCUUGCCUGGUAUUUUUUUAGCUAAUCCUGAAAUGGUGGUCUUCCAUAUUUUCUGCCAAAGAAACCCGUCCAUUCUGAUGAUACUAAAUAUCCCGAGAAAUCAGUCAUGACUAAAUCGGAUACCUAGCCAACGCUCAGCAUAGUUAGCAGAAGUACAGUGACGGUUUUUUUACAUUCAUGACAUCUUUUCGAUAUCUGCAAUUUCCUCAGUUCUUAUCCAUCACGCAUCGCUAGAUGUUGUCUUGUCAAGUUUUUUAUCAAUUAGAGAUUUGAGUAAGUGCGCACGGACUCACUUUCAUGUCAUUUCGUCUUGCUGCUUCGCGGUCCAUGUUCAUUUGUUCAUCGGCUAACGUACCGUUGGCAUUUCCUCCCACCUCUGCGGAUGCCAUGUCCGCGUUUUGGUGCUAUACCAUGUCCUUCCAGACUCUUCAUCGUAUAACCGCACUCCUGCGGCGAAUUUCCUACCGCUCUAUAUGGUUUGAACCCAGAGGCUGUGGCUUGUAUUUCUGAUAUCGAGAACCAAAUUCAACUUAUCACUUAAGAACACUUUUCUAAUUUAGGACCCCACAGCCACCUUCCUGUGUGAAAAGGACAAGCAGUGCUAUCUGACAAACGUUGGUCAGGCGUUUGAAAUACAAGUUGGCCUUCAUGAGCUCCUAGGCCACGGAUCAGGAAAACUUUUCAGGCGUAAAGACGAUGGUUCCUUCAACUUCCACAGCUCCGUCCGAGAUUUGCUAACUGGAGGUGACCUUACAUACUGGUUAGUGCUUGAGCCGUUUGGGGCCCCUUUGGAUUGGUUGUGCUUACAAUUCUAGGUACUUUAUUUACAUUUACAUUCACAAUGUAAUCAAUACUCCCCAAAGUUGGAAUAGGAACGUGGAACUGAGACACUUCACGUGCUUUCUUUCGUGUUGUCCAAACUGAAAAGUGACCGUUACUUUCUUUUUCUAGUGUAUAGGCAGUGCUAGAUUCUCGUCAGUUACUCAUCGACAGUAUAAGUUAGUUUACCCCAGGAUAUCACUGCAGACACUUUUUUCAAUUGUUUAAGCAAAGUAAUAAUUCCCGCACUUUCCGUUCUCCUUAUACUUGAUGUUUUAACCAUUUUAACAGACUCUCAAAGCACCCACUCGAAUCCAAAAAACGGACUUUGUAUGCUGGCAUCGAUGUUAUUAUAUAGCCAGCAGAAAGUUGGUAGUGUUUAUAAAUACCUGACCUCACCCAGCAUUACGCGGCCAUUCCUUUAGUCAUUCGCUCAGGUAAACCCUGAGGCCCAUGUAUAUAUAGUCUUUGCAAGAGACUCUAGGUUCAAUAGACCCUGCAAACUUGGCAUAAAGUGUGGAUUUCAGCACUGCUUUUCUUAGGUAUGGGCAAUUAAAUGAAGGGUGCCAACCGGAACAAACCAGUAAACAAAUUUACCCCUCAGCCAUACGUUGUUUAACUCACGAGGACGAAGCAACUACUUGCCACUUGCUACACUCCCUUACGUGACAAAUUCCUGACCUUACUAGAAUCUCGGUUUUCCCUCUUGCCGGUAGCCACCAUUAAACUCUCGUGCAGUCGCCUUAGGGAUGCCGUUUAAUCGUCUUAAUGACUCGCUAGCCUUCUUGAGCACUCUGCCAUCUGAUAAAAUUUGCUCCGAUUAUUUAAUUUUCUGCUUCCAACCCAUGACUCCUGAUCAAUCGCGAUGUUUUAUGCCUUGACUCAAAUCCCUAGCAUUCAAGCCUAUAUCCGUAUUGCAGCGUACUUCAGAAUCACCUGUUUGCUGUUUAUUUUUACAUAGUCUAUUUGGCUGUUUGUUACAUAUUGGAAAAUGUUUGCUCUAAAUGAAUGUCUUCAUCCGUCCUGCGCCAGUUUCUCAAUCUGCCAGUCCCUUCCAUUGAAAUUAAGGGAUAUUUCGGAUAAAUUUGCAGGUAUGAGCCAGGUGAGACAUGGGAUUCAAAAUUCUCCAGCCUCGCCUCUCCCUUCGAAGAGUGCCGGGCAGAGUGCGUAGGCAUAUACCUAUGUGACGUUGCCGAUGUCCUCAAGAUCUUUGACCCAGAGAACAAAUUCAUCUCCGGAGAUGUCGUUUAUAUCAACUGGCUUUCGAUGGUUCGUUCCGGACUUAUGAGUUUGGAGUUCUUUACUCCCCCAACAAGUAGCGGCGAUUCCGGUGCCUGGCGUCAGGCCCACUGCCAGGCUCGAUUUGCCAUUUUCAAGGUGGGUGAACACCUUGCCCGUAUACAUCCCGAUAGAAAACAGUAGGAUUAUAGUGAACGCAACUGUGGUUUUGCUACUUUAGGAUUGGAGUCAAUUUGAGUUUUUCUAUUUUGGCGUGCGCAGACCGAAAUGAGGGUUCUUGACAAGUUUUACAAAAAGAACUUAGCAAAGAGUGUCCCUAACCAAACGUCUGAAAUUGCAAGCAGGUCAUCUUGGCUGCGAUACUGUGUUGUCUGAUGGUGGAGGAAUAAUCAAUUUCAUUUAUAAAAGAUGUUUGCGGUCUUUCAGACCAAAUGUUUAUUGCUUGUUCAGGAUCCGACAUGUCCGACACUUACUCCCUAACUAAAAUAUAACUGUGAGAGGAUAACCACACUUGACACUCGGUUACUGAAGUACCUUAAAGGGACACAAUAUUUGAAGUUGCUUCGUCUUUUGCCAGCAGGAUAUUUCCUUACUGAAAUUGAAUAUUUUCAAGACGUCUUCUUGGUUAUUUGGAUGAAAGACACUGCCGCAUGAAAUGUACGGCGUGCGAACUCACUACUGGAGACAAGAGCAUGGGCAGAUGGGUAAUUUGGGAUCAAGUCGAUAGUCUGCCGGGAUAGCAAUUGAUGGUUCGGUUAGGACAAUCCCGAAAGAGGCUACUUGACUGGAUACUGACCUCCCACUGCGGUCCGAAUGCACUAACCGGAGCCCAUCACCUUCAAAGAAUCUCAUCGCCUCGACAUCAAUAUAUCCCUAAGUAAACUUGACCACCACGUCUAAUCCGAUAAAAACCUCUUGUUGGUUGACAUCUUCGUUGCCUUCUCUCAAAUUUCUCCCCACUGGGUAGAUUUCGGAAGCCUCAUCAUGGAAGGCCCCAUCGAGCAUAUAGCCCGUGCGACCCUAUUGAGCGCCGGGCCCGCUCCGCUUCCCGAGUUGAAUCCAAAUUUUCCUUUCUCACUUAUAGCGUCUUUUAUGAGUCGAGAGUUAUUUUCGCAGUCUGCUGCUGUCGUUUUAGUCAGAGGAGACAUGCCUACUUUAUCACAUUUUCCGUACCACAGCUAGCGUCUGGACUGGGCUGACCAACUUUUCUGUCGUUUGCGCUUCUAUGCGUACGGUCUUCGUGGUAUUUUUAUGCUUACCGUAUCCUUGUUGACAGGUCAUCCUUGAUUGCGACCCUCCUGUCCUUCAAAUAGAGACGGUCAAGGGCGAGGACAAGAAUCCCGACUUGCGUAUCCACCUGGACAGGAGCAAGCUACAAUCAGUAGCCAAGCCAGCGGUGGGCGAGUUCCUGCGGAAGUUACAGGUAGGAUUAUCUUUGAUCUGCCUUAUGUCAUAGUGUACUGGGGCAUCAAACGUGAUACCUGUUGUCUUCUUUAACUGGAAGCGGACUUCUAAGGCCUUUGGUUGUCACAGGAUCCGAAACACGGAAUUCAAGCAAUGUGGGCCUUAAAGCACAAGGAACCCUGGCCACCGUAGAUGGAGAAAACAAAUAAUCCAAGAGCUAGGAGGACGUCCAAAAGUGUGAACUGUUUUUGAGAAACAGUCUAGCAAGUAUGCCUGCCAACUGUUGGCGAUGCCGAGUAAAAGAGCCAAACAGCAUGGCCGUAUGACUUGUGUCUAUUAUCUGGUGAACCCGUCUGCAUCCAUGACUCAAAUUUGCAUCUGACUGUGCAGCGUUCAUCAGUAGUGCCCAUUGAAGAUCCAACGCGCCACUUAUGAUAAUUGAUUAAACUGUUCGAGCUUUCGACUGUUGUAACUGACACCUAACUGUAGUUUCGAAUUGUAAGUUGCCCUAAUUAUGUAGAAACUACACUAGUAGGGUAUUCACUUUUUAUUGGUCAGUCCCUUCGUUGUUGUUUCGUUGUUGCUUCCAACAGCGAUUUUGCUUUAGGAUUUCGCCACGCGAACCACGUUCCUGCAAUGCCGUUAACCAGAUUUUUUACAGUGUACAAUGCAACCGUGAUUAUGAAACACCUUUUUUACAAUUGUUUAGUACUACAAGAGCACCGGAAACGUAAAAGAUGGAUCGACCUUUUUCCUCAACUACUGUACUCCAGCCAGCGAACACAUGGAAUGGCGGAAAAUUGUUAUCGCCCGCAAGAAGCCGCGACCUUUCUAUGUGCAGCCGGUGACUUUUGAGAAUGCGAACAAGACCAUUACCUUGAAAAAUUACCCGGGUAACAAUGAGGGCAUGAUUCAGUCCUUUAUCGACCGCUACUCCAGUCAGCGCAAAUUUGGUCCAGCUGCAUUAAAGGCCCUCAAGUCCGUUUGGGAUCGCGACCAGGCCUACUUCUAUCCACCGGUUGCAGAAUAA